AUGGCCACUGUUCAACGGCCAGCAACUCCUUCGUUUAGGGCAGUCAACACGGUGGAUUUCGCAUCGACCGAAGUAUCUGCAAGGAAUAUGGCAACACCCCGUAGUCGGUUGACGCCACCACCAUCAGCGCCGUCAGCCCCGCCAGCUACCACCACCACCACCACAUCCACCACCACAACCACCACAUCAUCAUCUUACGACUUUCGGUCGCAUACCACGCCCACGAUAAAGGACGAAAAUCCUUCGCCAUCGAGAAUGUCCUGCACGCUGGAGGACGACGAAGCGAACGACCAUGACGAGGAUCGCGACAGCCUCGAACCCGCCGAAAAGUCCGGGGGUAGUGGCAAGAGCUCCGGCCGGGUGAAGAAAAAGAAAGGAACAAAGUUCCACUGCACCGGGUUUGGCUCGUGUAAUCUGGCAUUCACGAGGAGCGAACAUCUAGCCAGACACAUACGUAAACACACCGGCGAGCGCCCAUUCAUGUGUCACUGCGGCCGAUGGUUCUCGCGACUCGACAACCUCAGGCAGCAUUCGUCGACUGUGCACGCCGACGAGGAGAUACCGUCCACUUCGCUCGCCGCGACCGGAACCCGGUAUCAACGCCAUGGGCGCCCCGAAAGAGUGCGCCCGAGGUCGAGGGCGCAGAGCCAAAGUGACAUCCAACCACCGACGGAGCAGCAAUUGCAGCCAACGCCACCAGCAGCGCUUGGAUCCCCCAUGGAGGAUCGCCGGACGCGAAGGCGACCGGAUCCGAUCGUGGUCCCUCAGGAUGUGGGCCAGGACGAGGGCGCUUUUAACCAGUACAGAGAUCACACACCCCCAGACUCGCCGAUCUCGUCGGUGUCCACAUUCAGGUUUGGCGGCGUGUACAGGAAUCGCACUGCCACUUAUCCCGCCGUCGCGGAAUCCCCAGCUGCCACGCCCACAUCGAGUCGGAUGGGAAGCACUACGGACAGUCCGUUUGGCAGUCCUAGCGGCUACUCGCAUAGGAAUUCCGUGGUGUACGAUGGUACGAGUUCGUCGGUAGCCGCGCGACGGCUUUCCAUGCCGCACCCGCCCACGCCGUCAUUGUUCGCUGCGCCCCAAGUUUUACCUCGUCCUGGCUAUGCCACCCCCUCCGCAGCCCCUGGGUCGCGACGUGAUUCGCUCACUUCCGUCAUCGACGACGACCGUCGACGAACCUGGCACAUGGGUACGCAGGUCAAUCUGAACUUUCAGAGGGACAUCGUAUCGCCCACGACUCAGAGCUUUGCACGAACCACGAUCCAUAGUCCUACGGAGCCCGGCCACCCGCCAAUCGGUCAACCCCGGCCAGCACAUACGGAUAGGCUGCCCAGUAUACAUCAUGUCCUCCAGGAAUUCGCGCCGUCCACUCCCGAGCAUCAGCGAGCAUCGUGGGCUGGCGAUAUCUUGGAGAGACCGGGAACAUCGGAACUCAAGCGGCCCUUCCACGAAGGUAUUUCCGCCGUAUCCGGGCGUCGUGUGGCACCCGGUCAAGUGAGGUCGAGCCACGGUAGGUCCGUCAGUAACAUCGAGACGAGGAGAUGGGGAGGUGGACAGAGCAACCCAUUCUCGGGACCUUGGGGUGGCGACCCUCGGGAUCGUCGUGAGGUUUCGCUGCAGCCAAAUACGCAGUUGCCGGUUGAGACCAAUAGGCAUUCGGGAUACUUUGGAGGAGUUCUCUCCAAUAUACCAAGCCCGAGGGAGCACCGACAUUCGUUUGGGAGCUCGGACUCGAGUGUCAGCGAGGGUCUUGUGACCCCAGUUGCACCUUUACGUGCGCAACCACGGAUACUGGGCGAACCCGGAGAUGCUGUGUUCCAUACAGAGAGUCCGGACAAGGACUACAUCGACCGUUCCUGCGAGAUGACCGGCGUCGAAACCACCGGUCAAUCACCGUCUACAUGUAACGAGCGGAUAAACGCGGGGAACAUGGAGCAACACGCUAUGCCACCGGACUUUCCGGUAUCCCGACUCGAUGCCCUGGUUUCUGCUGCGGCUGUGGCGGCCAAGAUAUGA